AUGACAGUAGUUGAAUUAAGCCUUAGUAGAUUUUUUAAAAGAAAAUAUAGUAGCUUAUAUCGUGCUAUUGGUGGUUAUUUUACAUCUCGCAAGAAUAAAAAAAAUAGAGAAGAAAAAAGAGCAGAAGCAAAGGAAAAAAUAAAAAGUUUUUUGUUCGAGUCAGCAAUAGAGGAUACAGGGAAUAUACAUACAUUUGCAAUAGAUAUUACUGGCAAUAUAAAAAAGCACUCAGCUAAAUCAGAAGAUAGAAGUUAUAUUCAUUCAGGUUCUAUUGGAGGAAUGAGUAUAGGGCAUAAUUACAGUGUUAUAGCACUAAAAGAAGAUUAUGGUUGGAUGCUUCCAGUGACAAUAGAUAGAGUGCCACAUAGUGAGAAUAAAUAUGAUUUUAGUGUGAUUCAAGCUGAAUCUGUAUUAGAUAAAGUGCCUCAAGGCGAUAUAUCUAUAAUAGUUGGAGAUUCUGCAUAUUCAUGUAAUAAAUUCAUAUAUAAGCUUA